AUGCACAAACUUUUAAUUCUUUUUAAAAAAUUAUUAUUUAUAUAUUUUUUUAAUUUGCUAAUAUACAUUAAUAAUGAGCAUUUUCUAAAUAUUAUAAAUUAUGAAAUAUAUAAUUUUAACAAGGUUUCUACUUUAAUUAUGAAACGAACAUUGAAUGAAAUGUUAAGGUAUAAUAAUAGGUCACAAUUAAAGGUCUCACACAUAAAUAAUAAAACUGAUGAUUAUGAAGAAAAUAUAAUUAUUUCAUCUCAAACAGAAUUGUUAGAAACUUCCAAAAAGCAAUCAAAUGAUAAUAUAUCAGAAUAUGAUAACAAUUAUAAUAUAACUACAAGAGAAGAAACCUUGGAAGAUUUGCUAAACGAAUAUGAUGAAGAAAUGAGAGAAAUAAAUAAUAAUAAAAAAAAACCUUUUUUUAAAAGAGCCAAACUUCUAUGUAAAGCCUUUGAUAAUAUUUUUAUAGACAAGGUAGUAGAUUCAAAUAUACAGAAUAAACAAUCAGAUUUAAAAGAAGAUGUAAUUGAUAACGCGGUAAUACUUGGUGCUUCUACAGUUUUACUUAUACCAGUACUUACAUAUUUUUGUAAGCGAAUUAAUUUUUUCCAUUCACCCCAAUAA